AGAGUGCUCUAGUGAAUCUUCCAAGGUAUUUGGUUCAGAAGGCGCCUGAGAAAUCUGAGCCUCGUAGUUUAUUUCCAGGUUUUGGAGGAACACAGCGACUUCCUCGUCUGGUUGGUCUUCCAAAGGCUUUAGAAAUGAUGCUGACAUCCAAGCCAGUCAAAGGAGAAGAAGCCUUUUCACUGGGACUCGUGGACGCCAUAGUCCCUCGUGAAGAGUUGAUCAGUGCUGCUCGCAAAUGGGCUCUGGAUAUCUCAGAGAGGAGAAAACCAUGGAUUAUCAGUCUUCACAAGACCAACAAGUUAGAGUCUCUUGCUGAUGCUAGGGAAAUAUUUAAAUUUGCCAGGGCUCAAGUACGGAAACAGGCUCCAAAUCUCAAGCACCCACUGGUUUGCAUUGAUGUUGUUGAAACGGGUGUAGUCUCAGGUCCCCGUGCUGGACUUCAGAAGGAGAUUGAAGAUUUUCAAGUACUACUGCAUGCUGAUACCAGUAAAAGCUUGAUUCAUGUUUUUUUUGCUCAGCGUGGAACAACAAAGGUACCUGGAGUUUCUGAUCUUGGGUUGACACCGAGACGUAUUAAUAAAGUUGCUGUUAUUGGUGGGGGAUUAAUGGGAUCUGGGAUAGCUACAGCAUUGAUUCUUAGCAACUAUCCUGUGAUUCUUAAAGAAGUAAAUGAAAAAUUUUUGGAGGCCGGGCUUGGCAGAGUCAAAGCCAAUCUACAAAGCCGAGUCCGCAAGGGGACAAUGACUCCAGAAAAAUUUGAAAGAACCAUUUCCCUACUCAAGGGUGUCCUUGAUUAUGAAAGUUUCAAAGAUGUGGAUAUGGUGAUUGAGGUUAGUUCUUCUCAAAGACUACAAGAACCAAAUGGACAGUCGAUUAGCAACUUUAGAAAGAGCUCCUCUAUAACAUUCAAAAGUAUGAAUCAACCCACGAAAAGUCAACGGCUGUUGAGGCAGUCGACAAGAUGCAAAAGUCAAUUAUCAGAAAAUGAGCUGUCAGUUUUCAGAACGAAUCAAGAUCCUCAUCUUGGAAGCCGCCAAUCUCCUUUUAUCAGACAGAGGGCCAAAUUGCUUCAGCCGUAGGAUUUUCCCUCCUGGUAAGGGCCUUGAUUCUUAUUAUUGGUCCUAGUCCACUCGGCUUA